AUGAAGACUUUCAUCAGUCUCGGCUUCGCGGCCUCCCUCGCAACUCUCACCUUUGCAUACACCACUACCCAACACAGCCCAGUGGGAGACCUCAAAAUCAAGAGAGGCUUCCUCACCUGCCAGGAAACCUAUGGUGGAGGUUCUGUCACCUGCGGUAACAGUUCCAGCCACUACUGCUACGAUCCCACUCUCGGAGAAAGCUGCUGCCUCCUCGACAAUGGUUACUGCAAAUCAGGCGAUUUCUGCGCCCCUGUGGUGGCUGGAUUUUGUUGUCACAACGCAAGUCCCAAUCCUAUUCUACCAAAUUCCAUAUGUCUAACAACCACCAAGGGCGAAGAUCCAGCUACCUGCGCAGCUCGUCUAUCCUUCACCAUUACCCCUUCCUCCGAAACCGCGGCCCAAACCACCAGUGACAUCGCCGCUGCAUUCACAACCCACAUCCCCAGCGCCGCAACCACCGAAGUCCUCGCUGUUGACUCAACCUCUGUUCCAGUUCCUACAGCUACCUUUAGAAGCUUAGGUGCAGCAGCCUCAACCACGGCGAGCGUAGGCGGUAUAACGCCAGAUUUCACAGCGAUGAUUAACCAGACGGCUCCAAGUGCUGCUUCGAGUGUGGGGCUGGGUGCGGGAGCCGUUGCGUUCACGGGUGCGGCGAGGAGGAUGGAUCUGGGGAUGGGUGUUGGUGGACUCCUUGGUGUUGCGGCUGUGGCUGGGUUGGUGCUUUAAGAGUCGGGGUGAAAGGGGGGCUGGAAGGAGAAGGAUGGAAGCAAGAAGGGUGGCUAAAAGGUGCUGAGGUGAAGUGGGUGUGAGUAGAGUCGGUGCCUUUUUGUUUAGCUGCCUUGUUUUAGUAGUGUAGAAUUCGUAUCCACUAUGCAUAAUAAAAUGAAGUUCGUAAUGAACCAUGAUUUCCGGUAUUAUCGCUUUUGCCUAGACAGCCCGCCUAUGAAGGUAAAACUCCAUUCCAUCUAUAUUCAACCUCGUCACCGUAAUCGUCAAACUCACGCUUCUUCGGAACCCACUAGAUGAUUUCGGAUUCAGCAUUACCUAAUUCGAGGUUGUCUGUGAAGAGGUGUCUUGAUUUUAUCCUUAUCUGAGCGAUUCGUGACCGAAGACUCCACUUCUCUUCCAUCGUCGUUCCAGAUCGUCGGUUCGAAUCAGAAUGGCUAGUUUGCUCGCAGGCUGUGCA